UACGCCCCGGAUGUUUUACAUAAGCGCGUGUUGUUCUGUCUGGUUUCCACCACGCUGUGAGAGGAAGGACGAACCUGACCUUAACUUUCUGCUGCUCCUUCUCUGCUCCUGCAAAAUAAUGUCAACCAUAUCGGCUGCCAGUGUAGAGGCCACACCUGCAAUCGAGGGGGCACAAGAAAAGAAGCCUCUGAAACCAUGCUGUGCAUGCCCCGAAACAAAAAAAGCAAGGGAUGCUUGCAUCAUUGAAAAGGGUGAAGAACGUUGCACAGAUCUUAUUGAAGCUCACAAGGAGUGUAUGAGGGCACUUGGUUUCAAGAUAUAAAGGCGUGAAAUUAAAUUGACGGGGCUGGCUGUGGAUGGGGAUCUGGAGUACUUUUAUUUAUUCUACAGAGGGAAGAUUGUUUCUGGAAAAUGUAAUUUCUUAUUCUGCCUUUUGUUUGGAUAUUGCUGUAAAUGACACUGAAUAAAGAUCCUAUGCAACUGUGUAGAAUGGUA